AUGGGCGGUGAAGAAAAUGUACAACCACCGCACAACCGGGGCGGCGGUGGUCACCACUUCCCGGUGGGUUCCAUAGUCGAAGUACGGGUCAACGAGGAAAACAUGGGAUGCGUCUAUUUCUCCGCCACCGUGGUCCCGCCGCCACUCUUCUCCAGAAAAAGCAGCACCAAAAAUCCGGGGGAAACACUAUACGUCAAAUACCAAAAUUCCGUGGCCCGCAAAAACGGGUCGGAUCCGCUACACGAGUACGUCGACGUCUCGUCCGUGCGGCCCGCGCUGCCGCUGCUGCAGAAGGCCGCCGCCAAGCGUUUAGAGCUCAACGACGUCGUCGACGCGUUCCACAACAACAGGUGGUGUGAGGGCGUCGUCAGCCGCGUGGUGGGCGGCGGCGAGAGGUUCGUGGUGAUGUUCGAAAACCCUUCCGACGAGCUCGAGUUCGGGCCCUCCGCGCUGCGGGCCCACUGGGACUGGGCUGAUGGGGUUUGGGCCGGGCCGAAGAGAAAGGGUAAAAUUGGAAAUCCGGCGUUUGAGGCUGGUGCGAAGGUGGAGAUUUGGCUUAAGGGUGCUUGGUUUCCGGCGGCGGUUGUUCGGGAUUUGGGGAAUGGAGCUUAUUUGGUGGAAUUCAAGGAUAUAAAUGGCGGGAGCGUUGAAGCUGAAGUCGAUUCUCUGCACGUUAGGCCUUGCCCUCCCAAUUUUAGAGAAAGAAAGUUUGAGAAUGGGGAAAAAGUGGGUGGGUUCUUCGAUUGUGGGUGGUGGAGUGGAUUGAUCAAGGAGAAGGUUGAUAGGAAUGCAUACAUUGUGUUUUUUGAGCACACGAAUUUGAAUAGACUGUUGCGACUGCCGGAACUGAGGCCGCAUAUGGAUUGGAGGGAUGGCAAAUGGUUCGUCGGCACAUCGAAAUCAGAGGGUGCUCUGGAAAAGCAAAAUCCCCAAAUCGAACAUGCAAAUCAAGAAACUGAAUUACAAAUUGUUGAAGAUGAUGUUGUUGAUCAAGAGCGGCGCUCGAACCAGAAAGAGGAUCAUAUACGGCGGAGGACUCCAUCGCCCAUUGAUGACUUAACUCUGCGGCAAUUUACAUCAAACUCUAAAAGAAGAAGAAAAUCGCGUGCUCUGAAAAAGCACAAGCCCCCAAGUGAUGAUGCAAAUCAUGAAAUUGAGCAGAGUAUCAAGCCCCCAAAUGAGAAUGCGAAUCAAGAAAUUGAAAAGGUUAUUAGCAGCCAUGAAUUUGAUCAAGAAUCGAUCAAUGAGAAUGCAAAUCAAGAGAUUGAAAAGAUUAUUGGCAGCCAUCCAAAUGUGACUGCUAAUCAAGAUAUUGAAAAGAUUAUCGGCAGCCAAGAAUUGAAUCAAGUAUCGAGCGAGCAGCAGGGAUGGCCCUUUACGAAGCGCAGCGUAGUUUGGGAAUUCGUGGACUCGAUGGAAGUGUUCAGAAAGAUGCCGCAGAGGCCACAUUUUGAGCCCCUGCGCUCGUGCAAGGAGCACGAGCGCGAGGGGCGGGCCAUAGGCUGCAUGGUGACCUUCUCCAACUUGGUCGAGACGGCUCGUAGCUUGAAGUUGAGCGACCCCAAAAGCCUCGUGGACGAGCUAUAUGAGACGCUGCUCGACCUGGAGGGGCAGGGCUUUGAAGCAGGGGCGGUGCGGGAGCUUGUGGUGAAGCUCGUGGCGGCCAAGGAGGAGGAGCAGAGGCUUGUGGAUCAGGCAAAGAGGAUCAAGGAUGAGAUUGAGGAGCGCCGGUGCAGGAAGAGCAAGAUCGAGGGCGAGAUGCGGGAGAUCAACGAGCAUAUCAGGAAGCUGCGGGAGAAGCUCGGGCUCUCGGAAACCGCGAGAGCCAAGGAGGUUGAAGGGAUUGCGGAUCUGCAGGCUGGACUGGAGGAGUCUCAGCAGAAGAUUGAGUGUUUGAGGUGUGGUAUUGAAGGCGUGGCUGCUUCUGUUUUUCACUUGUAA